AACUGCGUGGGAGCAAAGGGGUGGGGUGUUGUUAUCCAGUUGGAAAGGAACCGAGAAUGCCUGUGAGAUGUAUUCUUCUAUGGCAACCCAAUCAAGGAGGUGUGAACAGUGUAGUCCUCAACGAAAUCUCACACUGUAUCGAAACCCUUAAUGGCGUCAAAGAUGGAAGAAUGAAAGCCUCUCUCACUUUCUACAAACCCAAUUUACGAGAGCAGAAUGUGACCAUGGAUUUCCCCCGCGAUUUUCUGGGGAUGUCGAUGCUGGAGCAGCCCAACAAAUACUACUUCAUCAUUCGCGGCCAAAAAAUUGUUCUUGAGGCUGAUUCUUCUAUUUUGACUAUUAUGGAGAAACUUCAGUCCUACAAGUGUAGAAUCGCCCUUAAUUUCGAGGGAGUGCAGUAUAAACUGGGUGACUUUCAGAUGAGAGUCAUUAAAGUUGUUCCCCUUCAAGGUGAGGGUCUCAAAGGAAUUAUGAUUGAGAUUGAGUACCUCCCUAUUUCUUCAGUUGAAAAAUCCAAACAAAUAAUGGAAGAGUUCGUUGAAAUGUGGAAAGAAGUUGCGUCUAAAAAUUCAUUAGCUGGUCAAUUCAUACACGUCGAACCAAAUUAUGCAGAAUAUGGGCUAUCUGACACUUUUACUUCUCAACACACAGCUGUUCAAUAUGCUGCUGCGUUGGCCCAGCUAAUUCAAUCAUCAGCGCAACUAAUUCAAUCAUCAGCGCAGUUACGGAACUAGGAUCAUUGAAGGAUUUCUGUAUUCAUCUGUUACUCAAAAGACUACUCCUUUUUGCCAUUGCAGGGAUCUACCUCGAUUAUGUUUAGCUGUCUGAAGCUCAGUAAUCAACUUGUAAGGGGAAUCCUGGGUUCAUUCUGGGGUUGGGGAUUGUGCUGAUGCUCGAAUUGAAUUCAAGUUAUCAAGGGCAACAUAUAUGUGCUGCUUCUCUAGUUACUGAACACCAAAAAUGUAAAACAUAGUAAUUGUACAAGUAAUUUUGUUGUCUCUUGAAAUAUUAAUUGUUUUUGAAUCAGUCAUUUAUAUCUAGUGAUAAAUAUUAUUAUCUCUACUUG